AUGGCUAACUUAUUCUUCGUCACUUCUUCAUUUUCUCAUCCCUUCCUGCUACUGGCUCUUCUUAUUCUUGCAGUAUGCAUUCGUUGUGGUGCUGUUGGAGAAGAUAGAAAGGUCCAUAUUGUGUACAUGGGUGCACUUCAUAAAGGUGAAGAGUAUUCACUUCAAUCUCAGCACCUUAGCAUGCUUGAAGAAGUUCUUGAGGAUAGCUCAGUAACUGACAACUUUGUGCGAAGCUAUCAUAGAAGUUUUAAUGGAUUUGCAGCAAAGCUCAAUGAACAAGAGAGACAAAAGCUUGCCAGUAAGGAAGGUGUUGUAUCUGUUUUCCCAAGUAGAACUAUCCAACUUCAUACAACUAGGUCUUGGGACUUCAUUGGUUUAUCCAAGGCUGCGAAAAGAAUAGCUGGGGCUGAGAGUGAUCUUAUUGUUGGUGUUUUAGACACUGGAAUAUGGCCAGAAUCUGAAAGUUUUAGUGACGAAGGAUUUGGCCCUCCUCCUAAAAAAUGGAAGGGUGUUUGUAAAGGAGGCAAUAAUUUUACAUGCAACAACAAGAUCAUUGGUGCUCGAUUCUACUCAAAUAUAACUAAUUCAGUGAGGGACACACAAGGACAUGGGACACAUACAGCCUCCACAGUUGCUGGUAACUUAGUAUCUAAUGUGGGAUUUUAUGGGUUGGCCCAAGGGAAUGCAAAAGGAGGUGUACCAUCGGCAAGGAUUGCAGCUUACCAAGUUUGCAUUGAACGAGGUGGUUGUGAUGGAAGUGUUGUCCUUGCUGCUUUUGAUGAUGCCAUUGCGGAUGGAGUGGAUAUCAUCUCAAUCUCGGCAGGAUCGAGUGCAUUCCUUGAUUUCGAUUCAGAUUCCAUUGCAAUUGGUGCAUUUCAUGCAAUGCAGAAGGGCAUCCUCACAUCACAGUCUGCAGGAAAUACUGGUCCUAGUAAGCGAUCAACCGGAAGUGUUGCACCUUGGAUACUGUCUGUAGCAGCAAGCAGUACAGACCGCCAAAUCAUUGAUAAGGUUAUCCUUGGGGAUGGAAAGGUCAUCAUGGGUAAUUCCAUUAAUCCUUUUACUUUAAAUGGAACAAACCAUCCAAUUGUAUACGGAAAAGGAGCUGAAGGAGGAACAUCUGAUGAAGAUAGUGCUCGACACUGUUUCUUAGAUAGAGAUGUGGUGAAGGGAAAGAUUGUGGUGUGUGAUACGUACUUAACUGCAGGAGAAAAUGCAAAGUUUGGUGGUGCUCUAGGGGCCAUAUAUUCAGUUGAUGGAUUUGAUGACUAUUCUAUAGUAUUCGUUUUACCUGCAAUACAUUUAAACACCAAAACUGCAAAGAAGGUCAUUUCUUACAUAAAUUCCACCAAGUAA